AGUUGAUUGGAGCGCGUUUCGUUGUCUUUGUACGAGGAGAGUGGAGUCUGAUCACGCAAUUGUGUGUCUUCCCUCUUCCCCGAAUCCUCUCUAAAUUCCCUCCCGAACCUUUCCCCUUUUUACCCUAUAAACCCUACCCCUCCCCUGAACUCAUCGCCAGGGUUGGAACAGGAACGUUGUAGCUUCAGCUUUUGACUUUAUCAGCUGUUCUAGGCCCUGCCAGGAAGGGGUUCAACAGUGGUGACCAAAGAGCAUACAGUGGAACCAGGUAUAUCUCCAAAGCACAGGGAUGGACUCCAGCGUGAUUGAAGGUGGACUCAAUGUCACUCUCACCAUCAGGCUGCUUAUGCAUGGGAAAGAGGUUGGCAGCAUUAUUGGAAAGAAAGGAGAAUCAGUGAAGAAGAUGCGAGAAGAGAGUGGAGCUCGUAUCAACAUCUCGGAAGGGAACUGCCCAGAGCGCAUCAUCACCCUGGCAGGACCCACCACUGCCAUUUUUAAAGCCUUCUCCAUGAUCAUUGAUAAACUCGAAGAGGACAUUAGCAGCUCCAUGUCCAACAGUACAGCCACUUCAAAGCCUCCUGUCACACUGCGCAUUGUUGUGCCGGCCAGCCAGUGUGGUUCUCUCAUCGGUAAAGGUGGCUGCAAGAUCAAAGAGAUCAGAGAGUCAACGGGAGCUCAGGUACAGGUGGCAGGUGACAUGCUGCCUAACUCCACUGAAAGAGCCAUUACCAUUGCUGGGACACCGCUCUCCAUUAUCGAGUGUGUCAAACAGAUCUGUGUUGUCAUGCUGGAGUCACCUCCCAAAGGUGUCACCAUCCCGUAUCGACCCAAACCCUCAGGUUCGCCUGUUAUCUUUGCUGGAGGACAGGCAUAUGCGGUGCAGGGACAGCAUGCCAUUCCCCAACCUGAUCUCACUAAACUUCACCAAUUGGCAAUGCAGCAAAGUCCGUUUCCUCUGGCCCCUAGUAGCCAGGGUUUCACUGCUGGCAUGGAUGCCACCACACAGACCGGCUCUCAUGAACUGACCAUUCCAAAUGACUUGAUCGGCUGCAUCAUUGGCCGUCAAGGUGCCAAGAUAAAUGAGAUUCGCCAGAUGUCAGGAGCUCAGAUCAAGAUCGCCAAUCCUGUUGAAGGCUCCAACGACCGCCAAGUCACCAUAACUGGCUCCCCAGCCAGCAUCAGCUUGGCCGAAUACCUCAUCAACGCUAGACUUUCUUCUGAGGCAACAGGACUGGCUACAAACUGAGCUUCACGUACGCCGCCAUAUCUCCAUUAGCCAGUUACCCCCACCCCCGCUACCUAUAUACACAGACACACACAUGCGCGCACACACACAAACACAAGUGUGCACAUGUGUGCACUCACUUUCUGCAAAAACGAAAAAAAUAGCAACCAAGUAUUCUCAACCCAGCUUUUGUCCUCACCCAUGCAGGCUGUGCUUCAUAAAUAUAUUUUCUGGAAGUUAAUAUGCAUAGGUAUUUUAUUUAUUUAUUUCAUGGACAUGUUUUUAAAAUCCCUUUUGCGUAGAGUUUUUAACACUUUGGUUUUCAACAUAUCCUGUUGUACACAAUAUGGUUUAAAAGUACUGGGAAAAUCUGAUAAAAACUUUUUUUUUUUAAUUAAAGAUAAGAUUUUUGUAAGAUUUUUUUUCUUACAAAACAUAUGGGGGAACUAAUAACAUAAACUAAUAAGUUCGCAGCUUUUUCAGUGUACCAUACAAAUUUGUCUAUUUAUUUUAAUUUAUAUCCAGGAAAUUUCUGGGGUCUGGAUGCUUUUGUGCAGACAAGCUCCACUACAUGUUUCCUGGCUCUUUUGUCCUUUGUUUCCCCCGUUGUUACAUACCUUGUGUCACCCAAUUUGUGAAGUAUUUCAGUGGAUUGAAGGCUGCAGUGUAUUUGUUGAUUGCUGGUCAAAUGUCAUAUAUCUUGUCAUUCCUGUUUACUAUUUUCCCCAGAAGCUGAAGGCCAUUUUGAUAGAGGGAUGGGCAAGAGCGUGUCAGACAUUUCUGAUAAAUUGAUAAAUAUUACUGAUGUGAUGAGUUGAUUAAUAUUUCUUUUAAACAGAGAGAAUAUUUUUUUUAACCUAUUGGGGUGGGGAGCCUGCAAAGGAUUCCAAACUGACUCAUUGUUUAUAUGGUGUGACUGAUUAAUCAACUAGAAGGAUCAUUCUAGAAGUAACACUAGUUUCCUCUUUUCUCAGUUUGCUUGGUUAAAAUUUUUAUUUUGUAAAGGAGAACCUAAAACCUUUUUUGUGCACGUUUUCAGAAUAUUCUAGAUUUGAAGUGCAACAGGAAUGAAAAAAAAACUAUAAAAUGCAAAUUAAAAUGAUGUGAAAUGCUGAAA